AUGGAGCGAGAGCACAGAGGCGGAAGGAGUGGUCGAGGUGGAGACAGUAAGGACGUGCAGCUGUCGAAGGCCCUCUCCUACGUGCUGCGACAUGGCGCGAUCAAGGAGCGGUUGCCCAUCGGACCCGACGCCUUCAUCAAGCUCGACCUCCUACUCGCCCCUGACUGGCGCAAGCAACAGGGCUGUACGGUGGAGGACAUCAAGCGUCUGGUGGCCUCUUCCGACAAGCAGCGCUAUGCGCUCGAAGAGCGACAGGACGGCCUCUACAUCCGCGCCAACCAGGGCCACUCCAUCCCCGGCCUGACGGAAUUGGAUUUCAAGACGAUCACCGACGCGUCGCACUACCCCACGGUGGUACAUGGAACAUACCACGAGUCGUGGAUCAACAUCAAGAGGACGGGUCUCAGCAAGAUGGGCCGAACGCACAUCCACUUUGCCAAGGGCGAAUACGGCUCCGCCGACGUCAUCAGCGGAAUGCGCCAGACUUGCCAGGUGCUCAUCUACAUCAACCUCACCCUGGCACUCGAAGAGGGCGUCGAGUUCGUGGAGUCGGCCAACGGCGUCAUCCUCUCUCCUGGUGUGGAGGGCGUGCUGCAUCCCAAGUAUUUCGCUCGCGUCGUCGAUGCCAAGACCGGCCAGUCUCUUCUCUGA